AUGGGUUGGCGAGACGAAUGGCCGUUGAUGCCUGAUGGCGCUCCCUACGAUGGCAAGAAACUCUUCCAGCUGGCUCGGGCUGGCAAAAGCCCAUUCCACCGAGAAUGGGAUGUCCGACUAUUGAUCAGGGAGAUAGAGGAGAAGCUAAACACGACUGUGACGGAUAUUCCUACCAUCGACAACGGUUCGAAUAGUUACAGCUUUUUCCUCCAAACUUCAGACAGGUUCGACCUGGUUGCCCGCCUGGCUCGCGGCGAUGUCAACAUGCCGGAUUUUGACGGUUUUCCGGUCGAUGUCCAGGCUGCUAAAGUUCUUUUCGAGGGCGCCGUGUAUAAUCUGCUUCGGUCAGAACCAGAUAUUCGUGCCUCCCGUCUGCUCUACUUCCGCGCGCCUGUUGAGCAGGCAGAUUUAAAACCAAGCACUGUGCCUCUGGACCUGAGAGGUCGGCGGCUGUUUGUGUUCGAGAAGUCUGAAGGGGUGAAGAAUGUGUGGAAAGAACUCACUCCUAGCCACAAGCUCCUCCUCCUCAACCAACUCGCCACCUCGCGUGCAGCAUUAUUCCGCUACAACCCACCUCGCGACUUCACUGACAAGUUCCUCCACGGACGCUUAUUCGAGUUCAGGCCUAACUCACUGUCCAUGCCCGUCGCCCCUACCCACGAGUUUUGGAGCCAUGUGCUCGAAGCCAAGAUCAAAGCCACAAUCCGAAACGAGGGUGACAUGAUCGGAUGGGAGGGCGACGACGGGAUUGUCGGACCUCGUGCCCUAGCAGCCAAGGAGUCUCUCCUGAGGGCGAUCCCCUACCUGCUGCCACCCGAUACCCCCGAAGCAUCUAUGUACAGGCUUGUUCUUGAACACGGCGACUUCGGCAUUCACAAUACAACUAUCACGACGCAAGAGAACGGCGAGCCUCUACUGACGUCUCUCUUUGAUUGGGAGACGGCAUGUAUAUGGCCUGUGCCGCUCUCCGAUCCUCUUGUAGCGGUUAGCCCUGUUGAUUUAAUCGUCGAUGAGGAUGCUCGGCCUUCGGCCACGCGGUUGCCAAAGGACACAACUCCGGCUGAUCUUGAGACAUAUGCAGCCUGGGCGAGCCAUUAUAUAACGAAGCUUUAUCAUGAGGCGCCGGGCUACGAGGCCGCCAUACGGGCCGGAAAGGACUUUCGCUACCUGUGGUAUGCUCUCCGAGACUGGCGCGGGGAUGAUCCUGAAGAAUUCUUUGGGGCGUUGGGGGAAUGGGCUGAGAGGCGGACUCGAGAGAUCGGAGGGUUUUGA